GAUCAUGGGAUAAUGAAGACUGGAGGCCGUCGCCAUAUUGUUUGAUUUCGCAGAUUCACUGGAGCAAAAAGCCACAAGCAAGACUGUGAUUAAACGAGUUUAUAUGAAACAAUAACACAGCUAACCGUCAGAUAAAACUGCAUGAGGUAGUUACAGACAGUGCUGCACUGGUAAGCCCCUCUCGCCUGGUAUCAGUCGGUUUAAAUCUGUGCUGAAAAUGGGCCGCUCGCGGAGUCGCAGCACGUCUCGGUCCAAACAUUCCAAACACAGUCGCAGACGGAGCCGCUCAAGAUCCAGAUCCAGCAAGAAGAGAAGCAGAUCGAAGGAGCUGAAGAGGAGCAGACGGUCCCGCUCCAGAUCCGGUAGCAGGAGGGACAGAUGCGUCUCACCACCCGACCGGACCGACAUGUUCGGCCGGACACUGAGCAAGAGAAAGCUCGAUGAGAAACAGAAGAGAGAAGAGGAGGAAAGGAGAGCAGAGAUAGAGAGACAGAGCAAGAUCCGUCAGCAGGAGAUCGAGGAGCGUCUGAUUGAGGAGGAGACGGCUCGGCGUGUGGAGGAGCUGGUGGCUCGGCGCGUGGAGGAGGAGCUUGAGAAACGGCGCGAUGAGAUCGAGCGAGAGGUCCUGCGCCGGGUGGAGGAGGCCAAGCGCAUCAUGGAGGCGCAGCUUUUGCAGGAGCUAGAGAGGCAGAGGCAGGCUGAACUGAACACGCAGAGAGCCAGAGAGGAGGAAGAAAAAUCCAAACGAGAGGAACUGGAGCGAAUUUUGGAAGAAAACAACCGAAAAAUUGCUGAUGCGCAGGCUAAGCUGGCUGAAGAUCAGCUACGUAUAGUGGAAGAACAAAGGAAGAUCCAUGAGGAACGACUGAAAUUAGAGCAGGAGAGGCAGAAACAACAGAAAGAGGAGCAGAAGAUCAUAUUGGGGAAGGGCAAGUCCCGACCUCGCCUCUCCUUCACUCUCAAAGCUGCAGAGUGACUCUUCUCUUUUCUUCCUCUCCUCUUCCAUUGUCUGCUCUCCUCUUCCAUUGUCUGCUCUUCUCUUCCUCUCCUCUUCCAUUGUCUGCUCUUCUCUUCCUCUCUUCUUCCAUUGUCUGCUCUUCUCUUCCUCUCCUCUUCCAUUGUCUGCUCUUCUCUUCCUCUCCUCUUCCAUUGUCUGCUCUUCUCUUCCUCUCUUCUUCCAUUGUCUGCUCUUCUCUUCCUCUCCUCUUGUUGGAUGUGUGCUUCAUGUUGAAGUGAAUCGGUUGGAGUCUCAAGGAGAGGUCUGCCCUAUGUGCUUUUGUCCAUAAAAACUGCUCUCAGUAUAUCCAGAUAGAAAGACCCCUUGAACCCUCACACUUCAAAACUGGACUUACUGGCACCACCACAGACUUACAGAUCAGCUGUCUUCUCUUAGUUUCUAUCAGUAAAUUAUAUAGAUAUUUGACAAUGUUAUGCUGGGUGCACCUCCAUCAGAAACACAGGGCUUUUUUUUUUUUUUUUUUUUUUUUCAAUGAGCAAAUAAAAAUUAAAGUGUAAAUAAUUCUGAAUAUGAGUGUGUGGUCAAUUGGUCAUUUUAUGUCCAAGGUUUGGGAGCUCUAUUGAAACAAACUUUAAAAUAAACUUUAAACACUUUUUUCCUGUUCAUAACAUCAAGCUGUUGUAUUAUUCUGGGAACUACAGAGAUGAUGUUUUAAAAAAUGUAAAUGAUCAGGCUUUAAAAUUUUGUGUUUGCACAUUUUUGUUUGUGAAUGAAUAUGCUCCUAGUUUGUGAAGGCAUUUUUUAUUAUUUUUUAAUUGCGGUCUGAUCCAACACAUCUCAACCUUGAAGAGCUCCUAAACUGCUGCUUUACACAUUGUUCCUAUAAUCACCAAUGAUAUGAGCUGUAUUUACUGCAUUGUAAUGUUGAUUACAUCUGUCCUUUUUGAUACAGCUCACGCAUAGUGCUCGAAACGUAGAAAUGAAUAUGUGACCAGCACUUGUUUAGCAUUUUCUAUACAAACAUUUUCAGUGGAGUGGGAAAAAAAAAUUGAGGUAAAAAUGUGCAAGUCUUGUAAUGUCUAGUGCUCUGUUGGUACCUUAAGGAAAUCGGGAAUCACAGGUAAGACUAGUUAGGGUGUGUAUGCAAGCGAGCUUGUGUGGAUGUAUGACUGUAUGCUAGAGGGUGUUAUUGUCUUGUGGUAAAUUACCCCUAUUAUUGUGAACUGGGACAUUUAGUGUGUUCACCAAUAAAUCCAAUGAAUGCAACAUUA